AUGGCCGCCUCCAGCUUCUCUUCUCUUGACCAAACCCAGUCUCCAGUUCUUGAUCAAACUGGGCCUUGUCCAUUACCCAGCUUGAGACAGUUCGAUGCAACAAUAAUAAAUUGGUCUCAAUCCGAAAGGUUGUCGACUAUCAACCAGCUUCUCUCCCCGUUGCCGAACGCUUUCCUUGAUAAGAUUGUUUCUCAGCACCAGAGCUCCGGUGACUAUAGUAGCGACUGUGCUGGUGCUGGGGAUAAUGAUCUUAAAAAUGGAGCUAAUGCCAAUAUCAAAAGUCUUGGAGACACCCCUUUCAAGCGUAAGGCUGAAGAACAUGGUGGAAACAACAAUAAGGCCAACAAAGUGACUUCAUCCUCUCAGCCUGUAUCGACCCGCCCUCAAACACCGGAGCAACUGCAAAACUUACCCGCAACACGCCAAAGGAAAGACGGAUUUCACCAGAUUCUCGCUGAAAUGUUUCAGACUCUCCCUUCGCUAUCUGAGAUGGACAUGGAGGAUGAAGCAAGCAAGUUCAACUGGUUACUGUGCGAUACAGAGGAGGAUUUAUUGGAGAUACGUAGUGGAUGUGGCGUCUCGACUAAAUUGCUCCACAUGAUAAGCCAGACCACAUACUGUGCGGCCCGCAUGAAGCAGGAACCCAAGAGCCUCAUUGUCCCAAUCACCGCGGAAUUUUUGGAUCGGGGAUUUUCUGAGCUUCCACAAUGGACAAAUUCAGUGGGAGAUCUGCGAGCUAUUAUGGUCACCAACCAAAAAUCCAGUGAUAAGUAG